AUGGAGCGGGACGUCCGGAGCGCACGGCAGGGAGCCACACACGGAGGCAGCGGGAUGGGGACUGAGGGACCCUCUCUGUGCCUGAUAAUCUUCCUGCUCCUCCCGGCGACCACAGGCGGAGCUGGAGAAUGUUUCUUCAACGCAAAAGCCACCUGUGGCCACCGCGGCGUCGAGCUGCAGACGGGCGACACCUGGGUUACCGAGGACUGUUACCAGUGUGUCUGCCUCAGUCCGUUCGGCGUGGGCUGCUGUGACAGCAUACAGCAACCCGUCGACUACCCAGAGUGGUGCCAGCUUGUCCAGAGGCCUGAGUCCUGCCGGCUGGAGCUCGUCAUGAAAGCGAAUCCCGGGAUGCCGUGCAUCGACAACUCGGCCGCCAACCCCCUGCACCCCGGCAGAGCACGCAAGGGCGAGAAAGGACCCUGGUUCUAACAAGGAGCUACUCCCCCACCCCUCACUGCACCUCCUCUGCUGUGUCUCCUGCCCUAUCUUGGUCUGAAUGAUAAGUUAAAUCCUGCUCCUGUUAAUAGAAACAGGCACGAUUUAAUCCAGUUCAAAUGUCUGCGGAGGAACUGAUCCGGGAUUCGAGCCUCUCUGUGUGUAUGAGCGGUGCCUCAGGGUCUCUG